AAUUUGUAAUUUCAAAAGCAUUCGCCCCAACAUACCAUCAACCGGUUUCAUUUGCGCGACUCUACAUCGGCCCUUUUGUUCUCUCUUCCUCGCUCGGAAAAACUUCCCUCCCUGCCCUGCUGUUUUUCUCCUGCUACGGACCCUGCAUUAUCACAUUCACUUGGUUGCUUGUUAACUAACGUAAUGUCGCCGUCCGCGGACGGGUCCUCCGUAGCUGACGGCUUCUGCUCAUGCUGCCUCGAUGCGAAUAGUGAUUCUCAGAGUGAUGACAGCAGAUCUCUUUAUGUGAAUUGCAAACAUUGUGGAAAAUCGGGCUCUUCCCCGUCUUCGUCAGGGUCUUCAGACUUUUUUAGUCUUCUUUCACUGAAGGAGUGGGAGAAGCUCAGGAGAAUUCUUAUUGCGUCGGCCAAGGGCUUCACGGUUGGAGCUGGUCUCAAGGGUGGUCUUUCUCUUUUCUCGAUCUUAGCUCGAUUGAAGCAAAGAAGGCCGCUAACUUCUUUGAGGAAGGAGGCUCUGAAAACUAACAGCGAAGCAAUUGUUACGGCUGUGAAAGAAUCAAUGAGUUACGGUCUUUUUGUUGGAACCUUUGCUGGAACAUUCGUGUCCAUGGAUGAGCUUAUAGGUGCUUUGGGUGGUCACCGCAGGACAGCAAGAUGGAGAGCUUUGCUGGCAGGGGGGAUUGCUGGCCCGUCCAUUCUUCUGACUGGCUUUAAAACACACCACAAAAGCUUGGCGAUUUAUAUACUUAUGCGAGCUGCUGUUUUGGCAUCUCGAUGUGGGAUUAAGAGCAAACGAUUUGGGAGAAUUUGUAAACCUCUCACAUGGAAGCACGGUGACAUUUUCCUUAUGUGUCUCUCCUCGUCACAAAUAUUGUCUUCUUACAUAUUAAAGCAAGAGAGUUUACCUUCUUCAUAUAAGUCAUUUCUCAAUAAACAUGGUGGAAAGGAUCUUGUUAUCUUAAAAGGUGUAAAAGACAUUGCAAGUGGGAUGCCUUUUACUGAUUUGGAAGCAAUACAAAGAUACUACAAGGCCAAGGGUGUCGAUGUGCAUCUUGAUCCGAAUAUGGAAGUUCCAUGCUCGAUUAUUCAUGAAAAUCAGUCAUGUGGUGGGCAUUUUCUUUCUUUUCUCCUUGAAGCCUACAAGAGAGCAUUAUCUGUUUAUCUUCCAGUUUAUCUGCUCCCAGCACUAUUAGUUCACAGACAAGGACUUGUAAAGAGGCCUUAUACAAUAUUAGCCAAGGGUCUUGUUGGCACGGCAAGAUCAAGCUUAUUCCUGUCUGCUUAUUGCUCAUCUGCCUGGAUGUGGACGUGCUUGCUUUUCAGAAUCCUCAGAAGAUGCAACAUUCCAAUGGUGGUCAUGGGAACGUUCCCUACUGGGCUUGCACUGGGUAUUGAGAAGAAAAGCAGACGAAUGGAGAUUUCAUUAUACUGCUUUGCGCGAGCAAUUGAGAGCUUUUUCGCAUGCUUGGAUGAUGGAGGAUAUUUGCCGCAGUCAAUUAAGAUUAGGAGAGCUGAUAUUCUGGUUUUCAGCUUGUCAACGGCCAUCAUAAUGCACUGCUAUGCACAAGAGAGGGAAGUAUUUAGAUCCAAAUAUUUGAAUGUCCUUGACUGGGUGUUCGGUGUGCCUCCUCCGCCAUGUGAAACUCCACGCUGUAAAGGUGGGUAGAACGAUCAAAUGCUUGCCCAGAAGGCAAUUUUACUCGCCACGUGCGCUGAAAUCGAAGUAAAAACGAUGCUCGACUUAGUGACAGCGAGAAUAGCAUCUAGCUCAUCAAGAAUCAACCCUUCGCUGAUAAAGAACUGGCAUUUUUACCCGAGUGCCUGCGGCUUCCAAGGAAGCUGCGUAGGUUUUCCAUUCGUGAUACAUGCAGUGCUGCGUGUUUCUUGGAUUUGAUGCCGUACCCUGUCCUUAUUCUUGUGGGUGUAAAUUCAAUUUUGAAAAUAAUUAUGGCGGGCGUGCAAGCUAAUGUGAUUCCAUUUAUAAUUGCUGACAAAAUGUGGGGGAACAAUAUAUGCAAGUUUCUCUAUUGCUCAUGUAAUUCAAACAAAGGGAAAUGCAACUUGCAUAUUCACAUUUCGUCCUUGGGGAGGGGCAUGUUUGAAAAUUGAAAUGCCCUCGAUGAUAAAGAGUGAUCAUUGGAUCAUUUACUUAAAAGCCUGGCUUAUACGCCUAUCUGCUUAUAUUUCUAUUACAUAUUUACAUGGGUGCGCGCCUGUUUAACUGUUCGUA